AUGAGCAAGAAGUUCAAGCCACAGGCCACCGCGUCGAGCGCUCGUGCUGCUUCUGCUGCCUUUGGAUCGUCCUCGUCCCCCGCCUUCGGCUUCAGCGCGCCGUCUCUGGGAUUUCAGACUGCGCCCUCUUCGCUAUCAUACAUCGCUGAACAGCCAGAUCUCAGCAUUGUCUCGAAUCCGAACCUGGUUGUCUCCCUUCGAAACCUUGGCAAGAAGGACAGCACUACCAAAGCCAAAGCACUUGAAGAGCUACAAGAUUAUAUAACCUCGUUGACCUCGGGCGACAACAUUGAUUCUGGCCUACUGGAAGCAUGGGUCAAUCUAUACCCAAGGACCUCGAUCGACAAUGCGCGUAGAGUCCGCCAACUCGCACACGCCCUGCAAGGCUCCCUCACUGCACUCGCUGGUAAACGAGUGGCACCUCGACUUGCACGGGUGAUCGGAGCAUGGCUUUCUGGCUGCUAUGAUAGUGACAGGCUGGUGGCCCGGACUGCACAAGAAUCGGUGGCGGCUGCAUUUGUCACAGAGGACAAGAGGCGGGCGCUGUGGAAAGUUUACAGGAACACCCUUCUUGACUAUGCCAACGACGCCAUACUGGUCCAGACACCCCAAACAUUGAGCGAUGAACGGUCGACCACACCAGAUGACUCAGAGGCAAAGUUUGUCCGGGUAUCUGGAAAUGCUAUGCAAAUGCUCAGCCAGACUGUCAAGAUCAACUUCGACCAGAAAUCGGGGCCCGUCAAGUCUGACAUCUCUGAACGUCUCGGAAGGAUUGUGUUGGACAAGAGACUUUGGGAAUACUCAUCUCACGAUGAUCCUACCCUUCGAAGAGCUGUCUGCAACCUUGCCAGCAUAUGUGCAGAUGUAAUCCCUGGACAGCUGGACUGGAAAAUCAUAAGUGCUUGCUUUAUUGGCAAAGCUAUGCAAAGCAGCCAACUCGGCUCAUCUCGUCAACUGUCAGAAGCGCUUCUGACACUGACCUCUGUCCGGCCAGAGGUGUGGACCACAGAUUAUUCGUCGAAAUCAGUGGCAUCCACAAGACUGUUCCAGUACCUGCGCAAAGGCUCACAGCGAGGUCCGGCAGAUUUCUGGAAUGAUGUCGCGUUGCUCCUCAAGAAGAUUCCAGUCGAGGCCUGGAGCACCGUUUUCAGCGAUGGCAAAGCCCACAUUAAUGACGCCACAACAUUGCUUGAGUCCUUACGGAUGGGCAUUACCAACCGUGAAGAACCUCGUCAAAAUCUCGAGGCUGCCUGGUCCGUUUAUGUCGAUUUCUCCUUCUGGGUAACCCACCUGUUAGGAGAUGACCAGUCCAGAGCCUUGCUGUUGGAAGAGAAUGUCUUGCCGUUGGUGAAGCAAUAUAUCAUUCAAGAUCCCAAGCAAAACUCUUGGGACAUGCCGCGUACAUGCAACAUCACGAUAACUGCUUGGGUACUCAUAAGUCUCAUCCGCUGCGAUUGCUACUCCGCGUUCAAGAAUGCAUGGGCCAGUUUCUGUGAGCAACUCAGUACUAGCAUGAAACUAUCUCUGCCUGAAAGCUCGAAAGAUUUUGCGAAAUCGCAGGACGGCGUGGUGGCGCAAGCUCGACGGAUGUUCCGCCUCAAGCCCCUUGUUCUCGGUGCUGAGUGUCUAUCGCCGGCCGGGAAGGCACAUGCAGCGGCCGUGUUUGAAGAAUGUGAUAACUCCUUAUUGGAUGCUGCUUUGAAGCUCUUAAAAGCUCGUAAUGGUAAGCCAUUCGGAGCAGCCGCUGUUCUAGAGGAAGUCACUUCUGCUAUGGAGACAAUCAGCUCCAAUCCGUUGGGAGAAUUCCUAGACUCAGAUGCGGUGGACCUUCUCACUAGCCCUUCCGCAGAGUACCUGUCAUUGGUCUUGCUGCAUUUCCAUCGUAACCUGGCGCAAGCAUUCACAAAACUGAUGGGCGCAGAAACGAGUGCUAGCGCCAAAGCACUUGCACGACUUCUGGAGGAGGCUUCCGAAGAUGAUCUGUUACAGAGUCCUGAAAUCGAGUCUUUCAUUAUACGCGAGAUAUCAUCACGACUGGAAGAUGGCUUUGCAAAAGAUAUCGUGAGAAGUUUGUUGAUGAAUGCCAAACUUGUUCAAUCCCAUUUGCAUAGGACAUGUUGCCAAACGAUUCUGGUUCAGCUAUCGCCAGGCGCCGAUCCAGCCUCGCAGCUUGCAGUUCUUCGUUUCUUGCUCGAGAUCUUCGGUGACCAUCGGUCAGCGUCUUCAUUCUUCUCAGCGAACAUGGAAAGCAUGAUCCUUGCGAAGCUUCUCGUUCUUUCAGAUUCCGACAACUCGGAAACAGGUGAACUUGCGACCUCGCUUAUCACCAAAAUCAAAACUUUACCUAGUGGAGCAUCAUCAACAGUGGCUUCUUCUGCUGCCGUCAUUGCAGAUCAACUCUCUGGGGACGGCAUCCCUCUCUCCAUCUUCUUACUCAUCGAUCUCGCCAAAGAUACCCUCAAAACUUCAACGUCGCCCAAACCAGACAUCAUUGCCAGUCUCAUUCCGUCUGCGAAGCAGUGGGAUACCGCACUCGAAGCUCAUUUGAAUGCUACGCCACCUCUUUCACUCUCAAUCACGAACCCUCUUCAUGGGCUAGUCUUCCUGAUUCGGCCAGUGGUUGCUGUCACAAACAAGAAUCUGUUCAAAGAUUCCGAGGAAUUCUCCCUCCUGUUUCGCCUGUUUCUCUACACGACCAAGAUGCUACUUGACAGCGAGUUAAUGACCUAUCAAUCGGACGAACAGCUACAAACACUAUACACUUAUUAUCCCCUUGCUCUACAAUUUGUGAAUCAGAAGGUGACUCUCGAGGCUGCAAAUGAUCUCUGGCAAAACACAAACGAUGAGGUCAUGGAAGAGGCUUCUGAACUACUUUCGCAAGGAAAUUCUUUGGUUCAGAAGUGGGCUUCAGAUGAGAGGAUGCUGAAAAUUUGGAUCGAAAAGAUUCGUUCAACAAAGCUUUUAAACCCGCAGGCUUUUUAUUACAGCUUGACAUUUACCGACGUGGGGCGGCGUACUAUCGACGAAAACGGGCUUGCAACAAUCACGUCUACUCUUAAGGAGGAUAUGACACACAUGUACCGCUUAGAGGAGGUUUCGCGGUCCGCGAGUUUGAUAUGCACCUUUAGGGACUUCCUCGUCAGCUCACCACAAGGCCGAAAAUUGCUCAAUGAAUUGAUCGCCAGAGGAACUGAUUUGAAAAUUCCAUCCACAGUCGAAGAGGGCCUACAGGCACUAGUCUUGCUUGACCUUUUCCUGGAUGGACAAUCUGAACCGUUGGAAAUCAUCCCGAGUCAGCGACAGAUUUUCCUGCUGCAAACUCUUGAGCGUGUGGCUCGUGACGCCUCCGCUGGCCUGGCCUGUCAAACAAUGGCCAUGAAACUUCUCGAACCGGCUAUUGCAGCCACCAAAGACAUCUAUGGGGACCAUUGGGAUCGCAUCCUACAAAACCUGGUGGCUCUUUGGCAGGACGGUAGUGACUUGAACAAUGAUCUUCCUCUCCUACAUGCCUCACUUCGAGUAUACGAACGUUUCAGAGAUCUUGCCACGACUGAAGAUGCAAAUGAAGACUUCGUUGAAGCCUGGAAAUCCUCACAAUCGUCUCUGGAAAAGGGUCUGUUGCACUGUCUGAACAGCUUCAACAAACCCAGCAACGAGAUCGACCAACCCCGCCAGAUUACAGCUGAACUGCUUCGAAGACAGCUUUUACAUAUCGACGUGCAGCCUGAUAUAGACUUGUACUCCUUCUUAUCGUCGCCGGAAGCUCCGGUACGAAGAGCUGCUUACGAUCUUCUGCACCGGUCGAUCCCCUCUGAGCAGGAGCAGAUAUCGCUUGACGUUGCCCUUGAGUCAAAAGUUGCUCAUCUCCCAUCCGAACUCUUGAGCGUUCUAUUGGAUACUGCAAAAGCACAGGGUCUAGGGGCCGCGGCUUCGCGGCAGAGUUAUUUACUCUCCUGGCAUUUAGUCUUCGAUCACUUUCCAACAGCGUCCUACAAGCUCCGGGACUUCUACGCUAUGGACAUCAAGGAGAAAGCAAUACUCGGAGGUCUUCUGGACUUACUUUGCGAUAUUUGCCGAAUCCCGAGUAACCGCCCCAUUGACGCAUCGAAGAUCGAUUUCAAAUCCUUCGAACUUGGAACCGAUGAAACCGAUGAGCAAGAGGAGCAGCAUCUCGCUAUGCACCUUUAUUAUUGCUGUCUAUUACAUCUUCCAGGGCUCACAAGAAGUUGGUUCAUUGAGCAAAAGAAUCGUAUUAAGACGCCAUUGGAGAGCUGGACGCAGAGAUAUUUUGCCCCAGCCUUGAUAUCGGCCGCGGCGGCGGCGGUCAGCGACUGGAUACGAAGUCAAUCGCAAGAGGAAACUGAUGCCCCUUUGACGAUUAAAACAUCAUUGAGUGGCUCUGAAGUGGUAGCGUCCAUCGCCGUAGAUCCCGAGUCGCCGCCCAUAUCUCUAGCGAUCUAUCUGCCAAAAAACUAUCCUCUGGACUCCCCGACUGUGUCUUCGCGCACCCGAGUAGGUGUCUCGGAGAAGAAUUGGCAAUCGUGGUUGCGAACGUUUCAAAUAAUCAUAUUCAGCACCGGCAGCAUUAUUGAAGGCCUCAUUGCCUUCCGACGGAAUGUCCAGGGCGCGCUGAAGGGCCAGAGUGAAUGUGCCAUCUGUUACUCGAUCAUCGGGACGGAUAUGCAAACCCCCAAUAAACGAUGUGGAACCUGUCGUAACACAUUCCAUGGGACCUGUCUCUUCCGAUGGUUCAAGAGUUCCAAUAGCUCCAGUUGUCCUCUGUGUCGGAACAAUUUCAACUACGCCUAG